CAUCACGAUGUCUCUUCCCUCCUGACGGAGUAAUCGAACGUUAGUGGUGCAUCCAAAGAGGGUUUCAAAGGACUUUUUGCGCAUUUCAUGGGGGUGCUGAAUCCUGCAGAUGACCAACUCUGCAGGACAUCCCAUGAAAACAACAACACCUUAAUUGAAUUGGGGAUUGGCGCCUCUCACUUUCUAAUUUAACGUUUUUUUUUUAAGGAUACUCUCAUCAUGACGAUUCCAUUAUCUCGGACUCAACUAGCCCUGUUUUUCAUCCUCUUAUGUCCGGUCAAUAUCAUUGGGUUAUGGUGGGCAGUGGGGAGCCCUUUGGUCAUGGACCCCAACAGUAUCUGUCGGAAGACCAAGCGACUAGCGGGCAAGCAGGCCGAGCUGUGCCAGAACCAGCCAGAGAUCGUCCACGAGGUCGCCAAGGGUGCCAAGCUGGGUGUGCGGGAGUGCCAGUACCAGUUUCGUUUUCGCCGCUGGAAUUGCACCAGUCAGAACAAGUACUUUGGCAAAAUACUCCAACAAGACAUCCGGGAGACAGCGUUUGUGUACGCCAUCACGGCGGCUGGCGUGACCCACACAGUGACUCAGGCCUGCAGUAUGGGGGAGCUACUGCAGUGUGGCUGUGAGGCGACCAGGAGCAGGGCUCCCCCCCGGCCUGCUUCCUCCUCCACCACCACCUCUGGCGAGGGAGUCAAGUGGGAGUGGGGUGGCUGCGGAGACGACGUGGAGUUUGGCUACGAGAAGUCCAAGCAGUUCAUGGACGCCAAGAGGAAAAAGGGCAAGAGUGACAUCAGGACGUUGAUCGAUCUCCACAACAACGAAGCAGGACGACUGGCGGUGAGGAAUUAUAUGAGGACUGAAUGUAAAUGUCAUGGCCUGUCUGGGUCUUGCACACUCCGGACCUGCUGGAAAAAGAUGCCUCACUUUCGCGAGGUGGGUGAUCGCCUGCUGGAGAGCUUCAAUGGAGCUUCCAAGGUGAUGGGAGGCAACGAUGGCAAGACCCUGAUUCCCGUAGGCCAGAACAUCAAGCCUCCGGACAAACAGGACCUGAUCUACUCGGCCGAGUCGCCCGACUUCUGCUCGCCCAACAGGAAGACGGGCUCAUUGGGAACGCGGGGCCGCAUGUGCAACAGCACAGCCAUGGACGUGAGUGGCUGUGACCUGCUGUGCUGUGAGCGUGGCUACCGAGACGAGACGGUGGUGUUCGAGGAGAAUUGCCUCUGCCGCUUCCACUGGUGCUGCGUGGUGCAGUGUAAGAAGUGCUCGGUGAGGAAAGAACUCAGUCUCUGUCACUAGCAUUACCACAGAGAAGCUGGGUUGGUUUCAGGCCUGACCUCUUCUGCCUCACACGAAAGAUGCACUGAGAUCAAGCUCCCACAGUUCAAUUCAGGAGCACGCUGAGAGAUUAGUGUCUUAUCUAGGAUCAUCUUGGACAGAGCUGCAGUAACUCUUCUCUCAAGCUGUAGAACAGUCCAGAAUGGCCAUUUCUUCAGUGCUCGCCACAUAGAGCUCUAUGACCCUGAAACUGAGGCUCUUUUAGGCUCUUUUUCUAGAAACCCACUGGAGGAACUUACCCAACAACUGUUCCAGCUCUCCAGAGUGGAAUAUUGAAUGUCACAUCUAAGGUUAAAAGUUGCAUUUCAGCUCCCAGAACAUUCUAGAACAGAAUGCUUGGUCCCAUCUCAUAGAAGACAAUCAGAUAGCUUGGUACCAUUCUCAGUCAUCGGCACGGAGAUCUUUGCCUCUAAGCAGUGGUUCCCAAACGUGUUUGCACAGUGACCCACCUCAAGACUUUAGCUAUUGAACCAGAAAAUAGCAUAACAACUGUUUCUAGCCUCAAAACCCAAUGCCAAGACCUUCUAGGAACAUGCUACAACCCCCAAUUAGGGAAACACUCUCCCUAGUCAGUUAACCGUGUAACUACAAGUGGGGACUAUUGUAACAAAAGCAUAAUGACUUUUGAGUGUGGAAAAUAAGACUAUGGUCAUGGUAAUAAGAUGGUAACUGGAAUGUUAUGAAAAAGGUAAAUGGACAUGCACAACAUGGAAUACAGGUAUCAAGCACAAAAUAUAUGAAAAAGGGAAAUGUGGGGGUUAUUUGUUUGGAGGACGAACCCCAACCUGUUUCAUGGUGAGGAGCUGAACUGACACCCAAGACUAUUAUUUAUGAACAUUUUAUAGUGAUAAAAUGAGGAACGUGCCUACCAUCUCUCUGAAAAGCACUUUGGAUAUGGGAGUUAUCCAUGUAAACUAUAUGUUACAUUGGUUGUUGUUUGAGUAGUUUGCAAAUGGAAAAACCUGUUAUGACUUUUUUUCGUAUGAGGUGCAGUAUCGAGAAAGUAUAAUAUUAUGUUUAUCUGUUUAAUAUACAGGGCUUUUGUAUGCACUUUCAAUUAAAGCAUUUGUUGCGUAUAGAUUUGUUACAUAUAGUCAUGUUUUGCAGAAUGGCUAUUCACAAUCACAUACAAUGCUGACAAUGAAUCCAUCCAUUUGUCUCUUUGAUAAGUCAACUCUCUGAAGUGAGUUGGAUGUUAGAAUGCCCAUUUCUUUUGACUCUCUACCUACGUUCUUUGGAAUAGGCAGAUCAGAUCUCUGUUUUUUGGGGGGGAAACAAAACAUAUCUUCACUGUGAUUAAUAAUAGCAAUUACUUAUGAAGUGUGUUGUACCCAAACACGUUGUACAUUUUCAGUCUUUAUGUGUAUAGGUCUAAGGUAUUCAAGUGUACUGUGUCUUACCCUUCUUUUAGAGUAUGUUUUUGUUGCUACUUACCUUUCAGGGAUCUGUAAGACAAGAAAUUGUUGGGCAAAAGAGAGAGAGAGAGUACGAUGAGAGAUGACAUCGCUACAAUUUAUUGCCAAUAUGCCAUGGUUUAUGACCAGAUGAUUCCUUGCCAGAGGGUUCAUCGUUAAUAUUGUUACCAUGACAGUGAAUACACACUGCACAGGAUCACUCUAUCCUCGGAGCUACUAGUUCUGUCUGUGGAGUCAGCACCAUUAGAUUUUUCAUUUAACCUAAAUGUAGUUUUUGUACAAAAGCAUAUCACAUUAAGGGAGAAAAACUUGGUAUAAUGGAACUAUUAUGACUGAGUUCUGCUUCAAUAUUAGGCAUUCUUUACGUAAGCAGUAGGAUUGACCACUUUACCAUGUUAAGUUUAGGUUGCAGUCUACCAAAGCACGAAAUCAGACCAAAUGUGGUAAUUCAUAUAUGAGAUACACUCGGUGGCCAGUUUAUUAACAAAAAUGGUUUGCUUCUACAGACAGUGAGUCACGUGGCUGUGGCCUUCUAUAUAAAGCAGGCAGACGGACAUUGAGGCAUUCAGUUACUGUUCGAUUGAAUGUUAGAAUGGGUAAAACGAGUGACCUAAGCAACUUUGAAUGUGGCGUGAUCGUUGGUGCAAGGCGCACCAGUUCUAGUAUCUCAGAAACGCCCGGGCCUCCUGGGUUUUUCACGCACGACAGUGUCUAGGGUUUACUGAGAAUGGUGCGACAAACAAAAAAGAAGCCCUGUUGGCAAAAAUAGCUAGUUGAUGAGAAAGGUCGAAGGAGAAUGACAAGAAUGGCGCAAGCUAACAGGCGGGCCACAAACAGGCAAAUAAUGGCGCAGUAGAACAGUCGUGUGCAGAACAGCAUCACGCAACGCACAACUUGUCACGGAUGGGCUAUUGCGGCAGAUGUCCAUACCGGGUUCCACUCCUAUCAGUUAAAAACGACAAGAAAUGGCUACAGUGUGCAUGUGAUCAUGAACAUUGGACAAUUGAAGGUGGAAAAACAUUGCCUGUUCCGACGAAUCCCGGUUCCUGUUGAGUCAGGAUUUGGCGUAAGCAUUGUGAGUCC